AUUGAUGGAUUGAUUGACAGGUCCAGCUCCAGACCCAGCUCCAGGCAGAGGUUCGACAAUGUCCCAGCAGUUCAAGGAGCUGAGCAGGAGGAGAGUCCUCAUGGCUUCACGCAUGGGAACCACUGUGACCAUCAGACCUGGAGACAUCCUACGCAUAGGAUGCCCAGUGGUUCCAGACCAUAGAGGGCCUGUCCGUUGGGACUACCAGAACCACACUCUGAAGGAGUCCACCUGGACCGGACCAGACUUUGCCGCAGGACAGAGGCUGGGUCCUGGGCAGAAUCAGGGUCUGGGUUCUGGUCUGGGUCUUCAGUACCGUAUACUGGUGGGAGGUCGUGUUCUGGAGGUGAACACGGUGCAGGGAAGGUUCUCCGGACACUACCGGUGCCAGACCCCCAUCCACGACAACACACAGCUGCUGUCUGCUUGGAUCCACGUCUAUGCUGAAGAGUUUGCGUGGCGUCUUGGGGACUGGACGGCGUGCAGCGCCUCGUGUGGGGACCGGGGGAUGAGGACACGGAGGGUCCGCUGUGUCACGCCAGAGGGACGUGAGGUCACACCCUCCAUGUGUCACCACCUAGACAGACCUGUCUCCUCACAGCUGGCCUGCAACCUGCAUGACUGCCCCCCCAGCUGGGUAGCAUCCGUGUGGUCCAAGUGUUCCACUUCCUGUGGGCGGGGCUGGAGACAGCGGCAGGUGUCCUGUGGGCAGGUGGAGUCGGGGGGAGCGGUGAGGACGCUAGCGCCAUCUGUCUGUGGGAGGAACACGCAGCCUGCAGACAGACAGGAGUGUACCUGCGACAACUGUCCAGCCUGGGUUACCAGCCCCUGGGGAAAGUGCUCGGGGAAAUGUUUGGGUCCCACCCUCACAGUCCAGAAGAGGUCGGUGAUAUGUAGACAUGUCAACGGCACCACACACCCUGACUGUGACCCCAGAGAAAGGCCCGUCUCAGUGCGUAACUGUUCGUCGGAGCUGUGUGACGUACACUGGCGCGUGGGGCCGUGGCGGCGUGCACGGCAGCCUGUGGCAGCGGAUUUCAGUCUCGCAGGGUGGACUGUGCCCACCUGAGGAGUGGCAGAACCCUGGCAGACCAGCACUGCACCUGGCACAGACGCCCAGCCACCUGGCAGCACUGUAACGCCACCACCUGUGGAAGUGAAUGUAAAGACACCACCCACUACUGUGCCGUGGUGAAGAGGUUAAAGCUUUGCCCCCUCGACAUGUACAGGCAGAGGUGUUGUGAGUCCUGUUUACAGGAGGAUGGCUCCACCUAGUGUUCUAGGAGGAAGUUGCCCCUAGAUGCUGGUCUUCGGUUAGUUUUGCAUUUCCUCCACUAGCGGUUAAGGCUGGGAUUGGGGAGGGGAAGCUGAUCCUAGAUCUGUACCUAGAGGAAACCCCUGAGCGUUGAGACACAGUGUGGACAACAUAACUCUUGGAAGCCAAGGAUGGAUGGAUGGAUGGAUGGAUGGAUGGAUGGAUGGAUGGAUGGAUGGAUGGAUG